GAGAGAAAUUCAAAAAGUGAGGACAGCAACAUUUGCAGGUUUCCGAAGGGGAGGCUGCCGCCGGCGAACCCGAUGCCGAUGAUGGGGAAAUCAGGGAGAAAGGUUCUGAGGGACGUGUCGAACCACAAAUUGGGCAGAAAUUCCUCCAAAUCUGUCACUACAGCCAACAGAAAGGAAAGCGAUAACAGGUCUAAGGUUGAAGAGCAAGAUGAUGCUCUGGAUCGCCUCCUACUCGUUCAGUCAGAUCUCUCCGCGCUCACUCACCAGAUUGAUGAACUCGUUGUGAAAGCAUUCGAACUGAAGGAAAUGGGCAAACAAGGGAGGAAAGAGAUCGAAUCUUUCACUCAUGUCUUAUCUGAUAUGCUAUCUUCUUUGAAGCCCUGGGUCCCCAGGUUUCAGAAGGCGUUCUCUCAUCCAACAAUAGGUUCUAAUGGUGAUAUAGGACAAUCUUUAGCUUGUGAAAGCAAUGCUUUGGUUAAUGAUACGGAAGAUAACGUUAUUGACAGCCCAGACCACGCUGAAGUUCAAGCUCUGAUUUCUCCUUCACCCCUUGUAUCAUGGCGUGCUGGAUGCAAUAUUGAGAGGGGAAGACAAUUGUUUUUACUCACACCUCUUCCUAUUUCUAAAUCACUCUCAUCGAAACAUGUGAAAUAUUCUGAAUCUGUAAAUGGAAUGACUUCUGGUAUAUUCAAGGGCGCGGGCGCACAACCGUGUUUUAUUUCAUGUGGAGAUCCAAACGAGAAUCUGCUUGAAGGUAAUGGAAUUGAGCCUAGUGGUGAUAAGCCUUCUGGGUCUGAUUUAACAAAAGUGGGGGAAAAUCUGCUCCAGGGUAACGGAAUUGAGCCUAGUGGCGGUAAACCCUCUGGGUCUGAUUUUACAAAAGUUGGCGAGAAUCUGCUGGAAGGUAAUGGAAUUGCGCCUGGUGGUGGCGAAUCUUCUGGGUCUAAUUUAACACAAGUGGGGAUUACUCGUCAGGGUGGAUUUACUUCCCCACCAAUGUUAUCAAAGAACAAUUGCUCUGUGUUAGUUAUGACUCCAUGCUUUAAAAUGUCGCCUCCAAAAUCUUGUGUUCUGCUGGAACCCAUUUCAGAGUCAUCACACAAAGACCAAAAAAGGUUGUACAAGGCCACACCUUUUCCUGUUGGAGUUCAUGAUUACUCUUCUUCUGGCAGUGACGCUUCUGAUGGACUGGCUUUGAAGUACCCAGAACUCUUAGGAAUUCAACAGGUUCAUAAAUCAGGAAUUAGGAAGAAGGAGGUUGAAGCCUCUCCAGACUGGUUUAUGUCACCACCAAAAACAUGUGUUUUACUGGAGCCGUCUGAUUCUCAUUCAGUGGAAAAUGCUGCUUGUGAUAUCGACCCUCCUGUGACUUCUCGGGUCUUGAAUUCGCAGCUGAAAUCGUUUGUAUUAAAUGGAUUUGAUGAUGUUGAUGGAUGUCAUGAAACCAAGAAUAAUUUCAGCCACCAAGAUCCAGUUGGGGUUAGCUUGUCGCACGUAGAUAGCACUCCCAUGUGGAAAGGAUGCGAAAGUGUAUUGCGGGCUGGCAAACGAGCUGGCGAGGAGACUCUUAAAAGAGAACUCUGGAUGAAAUUCGAGGCAGCAUCAGCUAAUCCAUUUCGUUCUAAUCAGACUCUUCGAAAUACAUCAAAGAAAGGUUUCCUGGACUUGCUGGAUGAGGUUUCAUGUGAUUAGAUGCCGAACUGAUACAACUAGGAAGUGAAUACCGCAAACGGCAUUGCAGCAGAUGUUCUUGUGCAUUCCAUGACCAGAAGAAAGAGAGAAUCCUGCAAGUUGGACUCUUCACUACCUUUAACCCUUAAAGGUUCAUAUAAUGCUAUUGGCUGUAAUGAUGCGGGAAACGAAUUUUCUCAAGAGAAUGCCUGUGUAUAAUAGGCUACAUUUUGUUCAUAAGCAUGAGGAAAAGCUGUAUUUCCAUGGUUGUACAAGUCAUCCUAGUGUUGUUGUGUUCAUACGUAAACGAGGUUCCAAAGGUAUUUUGAGCAUUUUAUAUGAGUAUAAAUUUA